CUCUACUCGCAUCCUGUCCGGUGACGAUAGCGGGCGGCUACAGAACCAAACCCAGUCUGAGGCUGCUAUAUUUCGUAAUUAAAUCAAUUAAACAUUGAUUGAAAUAACUCAGACCACCGUGAACGAUAAAUACCGAGCACAAUGAUUCGCUUUAUCCUCAUCCAGAAUCGGGCAGGGAAAACCAGGUUGGCCAAGUGGUACAUGCAGUUUGAUGAUGAUGAGAAGCAGAAGCUGAUUGAAGAGGUUCAUGCCGUAGUGACAGUCCGUGAUGCCAAACACACCAACUUUGUAGAGUUCAGAAACUUCAAGAUCAUUUAUAGGCGAUACGCUGGCCUGUACUUCUGCAUCUGUGUGGAUGUGACAGACAAUAACCUGGCUUACCUGGAAGCUAUUCACAACUUUGUUGAGGUUUUGAAUGAGUAUUUCCACAAUGUGUGUGAAUUAGAUCUGGUCUUCAAUUUCUACAAGGUAUAUACAGUGGUGGACGAGAUGUUUCUGGCAGGAGAGAUCAGAGAGACCAGCCAGACGAAGGUGCUCAAGCAGCUCCUCAUGCUGCAGUCUUUGGAGUAACGAGCCUGUCAAUCAAUCAAUCACCAUUGCUACAGGCCCCGCCCACCCCUGCUGCAGCCAAGUCAUAUGAUUUGUUACGUAUGGAUGCCGUCUUGCUGAAAUACAGCCACAAACAUUUCACGUCCACGAUGAAGGAUGUUGCCAUUCUUUUCACAUUCGCAAGUUUAUAAAAUCUCCCUGGUUACUGACCUAAUUAUUCUUUGGCAUAGCCAGAGUUGAAUACUUCAGCAAUUUUAUAGCACAGUAGACUUCAAUGUCUCCAAGCCCGUUCAUUAACACUAACACAGAUAAUAGCAUCACGCUGGCCAAAAUCUGCCACGGAAGCAUCGGUUCUGUAAACGCAAAACCCAUGGGCUGCACUACUAUAUA